AUGAAGAUUGAGGGCAAAACAGUACCAAUGGAACUAGACACGGGUGCAGCCCUCAGCACUAUGUCCUACAAAGACUUUAAGAAGUUGUCAAUUCCACAAAAGGUAUUUUCAACCAACGUUGAACUUCGUACAUACACAGGGAAAACUAUUAAGCCAAGAGGUGUAACGUUUGUGAAUUGCAUGUACAAAACGCAAAGAUUUGUCGGGAAACUAUUUUUGAUUGAACAAAAUGUCGAUGCAAUAUUUGGUAGAGAUUGGCUUAGGGAAGUCAAAUUAGAUUGGGGUGAAAUAAAAAGUCUAGAAAUGAAUCAGACAUCAAGUCUAGGAAACAUGUUGAGCGACUUUAGUGAUGUAUUCGAUGGAAAAAUUGGAGUCAUACCUGAUCAUUUAGGACAAUUAAGGGUCAUGGAUGACGCGAAACCGAUAUUUGUGAAGCCAAGACAAGUGCCAUAUUCUCUAAGGAGUGAAAUUGAAAAGGAACUCAAGAGACUAGAAGAAUGUGGAAUAAUAACCAAAGUAGAUCACUCGGACUGGUACCCCCAUCGUGCCUGUUGUCAAGCCAAAUGGUCAAAUCUUCCCUUAGUGCUUGCAACAAACGCGUCACCGGUGGGCCUUGGGGCCAUUCUCUCUCACAGAUACAGUGAUGGAACUGAAAGACCUAUUAGUUUUGCUUCACGUACUCUGACUAAAUGGGAACAAAAAUACAGUCAGAUUGACAAAGAAGCAACAGGUAUAUACUGGGGCCUCAAAAAGUUUUUCCCCUAUUGUUACGGACGUAAGUUCAUUCUAGUGACUGAUCACAAACCGUUAGUAUCAAUAUUUCAUCCAAACAAGACUCUGCCAUCAAUCUCAGCAACGAGGCUGUUCAAUUACGCACACUUCUUAUCUGGAUUCAACUAUCAAAUCGAAUACAGGAAAACUACAGACCAUGCGAAUGCUGAUUUUCUAUCACGAUUCCCAACUGAACACACUUCAAUCAAUCAUGUGGAUGACCGUAGUCUAUUUCAAAUCAGCCAGCUGGACUCGUUUCUAGUAGACAGUCAAAUAAUAUCUAGAAAAACUGCUGAAGAUAAGUUCCUACAAUCAGUGCUACGUGCCCUUCAGACAGGGGAGUCUGUUGAACAUCUGGGUUUUCAUGACAAUGAAUUGACGCUUCAAGAUGGAUGUAUAUUUAAGGGUAAUAGGGUAAUAAUACCAGAAGUUCUUCACCAUGCUGUGCUUCAAGAACUACACGUUGGGCAUCUAGGUAUGGAUAAAAUGAAAGCUCUUGCUAGAAGCUAUUGCACAUGGAGAAACAUCGACAAGGACAUUGAACAACUGGUACGCACCUGUAAACAAUGCCGCUUAAAACAAAACCAACCUGCUAAAGAAACCAAUCAUCCAUGGCUGACUCCUCAAGGACCUUGGGAAAGAGUACACAUAGACUUUGCUGUCCCAAUGCAAGGACAAUGGUAUUUCAUUAUUGUAGACGCAUUCACCAAAUGGAUUGAAGUGAUCCCAACUAAAAACACGUCUACAGAAUGGUGUAUCAGGGAACUUCGGAAAACUUUUGCUACAUUCGGUCUACCUUUAGUUCUAGUAUCAGACAAUGGGAGUCAGUUUACUUCUAGCACAUUCCGUCAGUUCUUGUCUGCUAAUGGUGUGGUGCACAAAACUACUGCACCGUACCAUCCUUCCUCGAACGGGCAAGCCGAACGAUAUGUUCAAACAAUAAAGAAAUCAUUAAAGGCAAUGGAAGAAGAAGGAGGUAAACUAGAUCUUAAAUUAUAUAGGCUUCUCAUGCAACUUCGUCAAUCCCCUAACUCAACCGGGUCAAAUGCUUACAGUUUAAUAUAUGGAAGAGAGAUAAGAACGCACUUAGGAUUAUUGCUUCCUCAAUGUAACAAGUCAGCAAGAAGUGCAAUGGCUGUGCGCAAAAAAUUUCAAGUGGGGGACAGUGUACAGGCUAGAGACUACUCAAGUUCUAAACGGAAAUGGUGCUUUGGAACUGUCAUUGGAAGAGAAGGUACCCUCUUAUACCAAGUCAAAAUGGAAGACGGAACUGUGUGGAGGAGGCAUAUCGAUCAGCUUCUAAAAUGUGAAAUUUAG